GUUUUUUUUGUACACCUGGAAAGUUCCUGGGCUGAUAUACAGGCGACCCGAAAGAACCCAAAAUACCCAAAUUAGUCGCUAGAAAUCUCUGGAUCUACUUUACCACCACCAUUGAAACCAGAACCACCAUGGAAUCCUCACAGACCACCGGCGGUAACGGCACCCUCAACCCCCAAAACAGCGACGCUUCACCCGCCGGAUCAACAGGCACGUCAUCCUCCGACGAUCCGAAACAAAACCUAAAUCAAGUCAUCAAUUCAAUCCAAAAAACCCUAGGAACAAUCCACCAGCUCUACCUCACUGUCUCCUCAUUCAAUGUUUCCUCUCAACUCCCCCUUCUUCAACGCCUGAAUUCACUUGUUAUGGAGAUGGAUAACAUGGCGAAAUUGUCUGAGAAGUGUAACAUUCAGGUUCCUAUGGAAGUUUUAAAAUUGAUUGAUGAUGGGAAGAAUCCUGAUGAGUUUACUAGGGAUGUUUUGAAUAGUUGCAUUGCGAAAAAUCAGAUUACCAAGGGAAAAACUGAUGCUUUUAAGGCUUUGAGGAAGCACCAUUUGGAAGAACUUGAACAGGCGUUUCCUGAUGAAGUAGACGAGUAUAGGGAGAUUCGUGCAGCUUCUGCAGCGGCCUGUAUACAUGAAAACAGUAUUAGGUGGUCCACUGUCAAAUUUCCCUAAAACACUUUUUUAAUCGUCUUCAUCGCAUACCAACUAUGGAUGUUCUUCGAGACUGAACUGGACUGUAGCAAGACUGGAAAAUUUAAAUGUCGGAAGUCGGGACAGAGGAGAACCAGACCUAUGUAAACCAGUUUGGUAUUGGUUUGGUUCGAGACUGGAUGGGUUCCCAUUUUGGAUUUCCUACAAGGGGUGUAAUAGUUCCUUCUUUAUUGUAUUAAGGGAUAAUGAGCACUGUACCCUUAAUUUGUGUCCUGAAACUAGUUUUGCGAUAGUCGAAAGUUUUAUAAGACAGGAACAUGUUAUCAGAGUUUUCAA